AUGGCAGAGAUCUCAGACAAAUCCCCGUGCAGCAUAGUACUUGUGAUGGGUAUCACCGGUGUCGGGAAAAGCACAUUCAUAUCAAAACUUAUAGGAGACGAUACUGGCAUUGGACAUGACUUGACAUCGUAUACCCAGGGUGUCCAAUUCCAUAGCAUGGAAAUCAAGGGCCGCGCUAUAUAUUUGGUGGAUACACCAGGAUUCAACGACACAUAUCGCUCGGACUUUGAGAUUUUUUCGGAAAUUGCCUUCAUUUUAUCUCAGAUCUAUCGACGAGGCCUGAAGAUAGCAGGCAUUCUAUAUCUGCAUCGUAUCUCCGAUAAUAGAAUUUCAGGAUCGACUUUGAGGAAUUUUAAACUCUUGGAGACCAUGUAUGGCAUGGAUGCUGCACACCGGGUGUUCCUGGUCACUACUAUGUGGGGCUCGUCAAAGGAUGAACAAUGUGAGGCAGCACUUCGAGAAUCGCGAUUAUUGACUACAAGGCAGUUUUGGGGAAGGUUUUCUGAACAGGGCAGUCAGACAAAGCGAUGGCGUGGUGAUGAGUGGUCCGCUCUCUCAAUCGUCGAUGCACUGAUAUCAUUGGGUGAUGAGGGAGGAUACAAGCCUCUUCUCAUCCAGAGAGAGCUCGUUGACGAGGGAAAGCCCCUGAAAGAGACUACUGCUGGGUUGGAGCUUAUGUCCGAGUACACAAUAGCCGAGAAGGGCUUGUCCGAGGAAAUACGCUUGCUUCGAUCGGAAGAGUCAGUCUCGCAGCAUGAUGUCGAGGCCGCUAUCUCGGAAAUAACCAGGGAGAUCAGGGAGAUGAGACAAGCGCAGGAGAAACUUAAAGUGUCAACUCGAAAGCUAUUCAUCGAGAAAGAACGUUCUUAUGGCAAAGUGCUCUCAAAAAUCCGCGACGAACAGCAGAAGCUUUCGGGUGAGCUUCAGGAACAGAGAGAGAGAUACGCACGAUUGCAAAACGAGAUAAAAAGCAACGAUAAGCUACGUAUCGACGAGCACCGCUACUGGAGCCAGAAACGAGCAAACCUUGAAGAUCAGGCACGAAUGGGUCGUCGCAGGAGAGACAGCAUUGAAGUGGAAUGCCAGAAAAUUGACGAGGAGGAAUCCGUGCUGAACGAGCAUCUGAUUGAAUUCGAAAAUGAAAAUGAAAGCAGCAUCUCACAAGUUUCACAUGACAUACAGGAGUUGAGAAAAAGAGACGUUGUGAAGCGGAAUAUACUCCCACUGUUGGGACUUUUAGCAGGAGUGGGCCUCACCGCUGCUGGUGCUGUGACAGGAUUAGUACCUCUGGCGGGAGCUGGGGUGGGAUUGACUAUCAGUAGCGCGAGUGAGAUAAAGUUCUCCCGAAAUAUUCGACAUCAAGGACCAUAUGAGAACUCCCAUGGGUCAUUUGUAUCGAACUCGUCCACGGCAGCUUUCAACGGAGCACAAAUUUCGGACAUUCUCUUGAGUGGUAGUAAAUGA